GCAUGUUCCCUUCUCAUUCUUCUUAUGUCUUUAAAAAAUGAAAUACCUAUUAUAAUGCAAGUUGUUUAUUUUGCAGGUCCAUAUGAAAUGAAGGUGUAUAUGGAUUUUGAGAAAGAACAAAAAUUCCUCGUCGUUAAACUCGCUACUGAACUUAGACAGAUAACUCCUCUAUCUCCAAGAUGGAGGACUGCAAUAGAACGUCGGAUCCAGGAUGUGAGACACCUCACCACGUAUGCCGUCAGCCGAGGAGCUCGUCUACAGACGGGACAGUUCUGGGACCUUUCUGGAACUUUCCUCUUCACUAUCUACGUGAUGACCGCUUUAGGGUUUGGUGCUCCGGUGCCGCAAUCUACGUGGGGAAGGAGCUCCGCGCUAAUAUACGCCAUUUUUGCAGUGCCGACCCAUCUUUACCUAAUGUUGAACGCCAGUUUGUGCCUCGUCAUAAAUGCAGAAACUUACCUUAAGAAGCUAAGACACAAGACCAGAGGUCAACGUCCUUUUUCCAUUGAGAGGACUACUUCUCACAAUAGCACAGAAAGCCCAAACUGCAGUCGAAACUCUGAAGUUAUGAAGACACCAAAUAGAAGUACUAUUCGUCGGAAAAUAAUGCAUUAUCUCGGCGUGUUUGUAGCGUGUCGUAGCGUGCCGCUUAUGGUAAUACUAUAUUAUAUAUUUGGUGCCGCGGUAUUCGGUCUGGCCCGCGGUAAAACUUCGCUAGACAUCGCAUUGUUCCCGCUAGAGUUCACCACUAGCGGCGGAUUGGAACACGUAAACGGCCACGUUCGUAUUCUAUACGGGUGCUACGUGGAAGGAGCGAUGUUGCUGCUCUCUUGCGGGCUGGCAAUGUUACGCUGUCACAGCGGCGCCGCAUUGACUUGCAUGACUGAGAAGUACAGGCUCUUUGAAAGUAAAUAAAGGAGGUAGAUAAAUAAGUACGUAGGUAUUUUUAAUAUAACAAACUGUAAUAAUAAAGAUUGAG